UCAAGUAUUAGAUGUGGAAGCUCGCAAGAUCUGUAGAACCGUGGAGGAGUACAGAGGCAAAUUGUGCGGCGGUAAAAACGAUUGCCUUUCAAAAUCAACCAUUAAAGAUAAAGUUCCCAAUCUACCUAAACCAUUUAAAUGCGAUUGCUAUGAUAAUAGGGAUGAGAUACCGUAUGCAGUGGCAAUAUAUCAUAAAUGCAGAUGUUCCUUUUAUUGCUAAGUCUUAAUAAACAAAAUAGUAACUAUAAUUAAGAGUUUGUGGUAUUGACACUUCAGACAAAAUAAAAACCGUAUGACACUCUAUUGCUUAUUUUGUAACAUUUGACCGUUUUGUAUUUAUGUAAAUCAAUAAAAUUGUUUUUCAGAU